CAGAUAUAUAAGGAGAGAUGUUAUUCCCAUUUCUACUUUCAUUGCGUGUGAAUGCUUUGAAUUUACGGAAUAAAAAAAUAAAGUUUUUCUCAUUUAUUUUUCGAAGUUCGCGGCAGAAUGGCAGCUCGUUCAAUUUUGAUGAAAGACCGACCGAUUAUGAAGCGUAAGAAUAUUUUGGGUGGAGCUCGAGCGUUGCCCGUGCACGCAAUAGAGCAAAUCAAGCAGCGCAACUUUUUUGAAGAUCCAGAUAACAACCAAGUUGUAUUCAGACGUCCCCUUAAUGAUAAUAUUCUUCGCGAGAGAAACGAGGCGAGCCGUUGGAACAGCAACAAUUCCGGUGGGCAAUUCAAUAUGAAUCCCAGUACUCCUCCGCCUCCGGAGAAUCUAAACUGGGGAUCCCCUUUCAAACGCGAUCGUUCACCAGUUCGCAAUCUCCGUUUCGAAGGUCUCAAUGAACCCAUUCAGAACAUUCGGGAGCCCUACUAUGGCCCCCUUCAGGAGACGCGUUUUCAGGACGAGCCAAUGAUCAGUAACAAUCCUCCCAUGGAAUUUAAUCGUGAUAUCAAUCGCAAUGAACCACGUUCUGGCUUCAAUAAUCGCAAUAAACCACCCUUUGGAUACAAUGAUUGCCAAGAUAAUAAUGAACUUCCAGAAUUUCGCGGAUACAAUAAUCGCAAUGAACCGCCAUCUGGAUACAAUAAUCGCAAUAAUCCACCAUUUGGAUACAAUAAUUGCAAUGAUGUUGAGCUUCAGGAAUUUUGUAAUGAAUUCAACGACAACUAUCAAAACAGCGGACCGCCGGAGUUCUCCGAAGAAAACUUUCGAAACAGUGGACAGUCGAAUUUUACCCAUAACUUCGGAAUCAAUAAAAACUGUGGAAACAAUGGUCAGCCGGAAUUUUCAAACGAUCAAUUUCGAAACAAUGGAGUGUCGAUAAUUAAACUCGGUUCUGGAAAAACAUUCGGAUACAAUGAGUUAUCGGACAAAGUUUUUAUGAUUGGUGGCUUUAAGAUGCCGCACGUGACCAAGUUGGUAGGUAAAGCUGCCCUUCAGGAGUCAAGGUCCUACGCCGUGCGCUUUAUGAGGCGGUCUCCCAACUAUGUUAUAUGCAAAACACCCAGCAAGGAAAUGCCCAUCAUCCAGCACAUUUACAAUGAGACAAUGUAUGUCAAUGAUGAUGAUGAUGAUUUCGGGACCAAGGACCGUUCGUCCAACUUUUCGAUGAGCCGCUAUCGGGAGAGCGUCUUUAAGGAGUGGACCAAGAUCUAUCGGGGCAGGAACUAUCGCACCUGGGAGGGCUGGUGGAAGGAUUUCCGGAACGUUGACAUGGACAUCAUCGAGGAGUUGCAUAAAUUCGAUUGCUUCACUGUGAAGUACAACUUCAUGAGGCCAGGCGGGGUUCGCGAUGCCGCCGACCUGAUCAAGAGGGCCAAUAUCGCUCUGACCAAGAACAAGAACAAUUAUCUGGCCAACAUGAAGGUCGUCUAUUGCCUGAUGGACCACACUUUUCUCGGGCACUUGGACAUGGAGGCCUCCGCCCAGCUGCAGGACAUCAUUCGAUCGGUGCCCAAUCACUUGUGGAUCUACAAGUUGCGCUGCAUGAUCUACGUGUGGUACAACUACAGCCAGGUCAUGAAGUCCAAGGAGACCGGCGAUAAGAAGUACCAGAUGAUCCUCAAGGAGUGGCAGAGUCCCGUCAUCCACUGGCUGGCCCACCAGGCAUUCAAGGAACUACGGAACAUCAGCCAAACUGAGUAUCCCCAAUUCCGAGAGGUCUACGGAGCCAGCAAGGUAGCUAAGAAGUAGUCCAUGUUCUGGUUGGAACGGCUAACUUAGAAAAUAAAUAUAUAAAAAUAUAAUAAAUACCCUAAAAAAUUGUUUUUAAUUAAGACAAUACAUUUUCCUGCUAUAUUGUACGCUACAAAAUGAAUACCAAACCGGAAACCCUACUUAUGCCAAGUGAAUCCAUAUUCUGAGACCCGGAGCAAUUUAUUCAGCUCCACUUGCAUAAAGCUGUUUAAUUUGUUAUCCCCAAAGUGCACCUGAGCCUCAGGUCUGAGAGGAAAACAAAAAAAAAUAAAUAUGUAUAAAAACAGAAGAAAAAACAGGCAAGGCAAAUGAAUAAACCAACAGCAACGGAAAAUGACGAUACAAACCAAAGAGAAGGCUACAAAAAAUAAAUGCAAAGCGCUACUGCAUAUUAA